CUACCAAUACACCACCCAAUACAUAAGAGUUAACUGGUGACAAACAGAGCUAUUAUGAUUCACGAAACAACCAUCAAUCCGGGCCAAGGACUAGGUAACAGCAUCAAGCUUGGCUCUCCAAUGUUUGAUAUUAUUAAACAUUUGGACAAACACAAAUACAGGUUUAGAAUUACAUUCAGUGAAGACAAAUUCUACGAAACUCCAACAUUGGUCACUGUAGUUGAACUAGGAAUCAGAUUGACAUUCAAUAACCAUCCCGAUCAAUAUUUGGACCUUAUUGAAGUGUUGAAUCUUGAUGAGAGUGCCGAUAAGAAGUUGUUACGAUUAGUUUACAAUGGUCAAAGUUUGAAUGAGUUUGAGAACGAGCCAGAAGUCACGUCACUACCUUUGGAAUCGACAAUAUCUAAGAACUCAUCAUCAAGCACGAUUAUGGAUUCAUCACCAGCGUUAUCCUCAACCAGCUCGACCAAUUCUACCUAUCAGACAUUGUCGUCUACUGGGCCCACUUUUAAAACUAUAUAUAACAAAAUCUUUGGACCGACUUAUCCGGGGAAGUUAAACCGAGUUAACAAGACUUAUAUAUUGUCAUACCCGGGUAUUUCAUUCAAAUUUACAAUCACUGAUAACCUGUUGUUGUCCUUAUUGGAUCAAGAGGAUGACGUGCAUCAGAUCUUAUCAAAGUUGUUAAACUGGGAUAACCCCCAUGAUGUGACUUGCGAUUCUAUUGCUUUAUAUAAGGGUAAUUCAUGGGAAGAUUACAAAAAUAACAAGAGGAGACCAAGCACGUCUUCCAACGAACUUAACAAACUUGCAGUUAAUCUAAACGAAGGACUUGUUAGAAUAAUCAAGCAUGAUUCCGAAGAGGUCAUUAAGAUUGGAGAGUCUACUCAACAAGAAGUUGUCAACAUCUUGGGCCCUCCAGACGAGUACUUUAACAAGUUCGACUCACGGUUGUUGAUCCAUAACCAUUUGACGGACGAGAAGGAAUCUCAAGAUAUAAGUCAUUGCAAGUUUCACAAUUACUACAAAUAUGGAAUUGACAUAUUAUACGACUUGAACAACACCAAGGGAAAUCAAAACAAAAUGAAUACCACGGUAAAGAAAAUCAUAAUUCACAAUGGCGGCAUACCUGAAGAUUUAAACUUUAUGAAAUGGAAUAGAUGUAAUUGGGAAAUUGAACGCGAGAAAGAAGAUGACAUGCCCGGAUUUGAAAUCAAUUCGACCAUGUACUUUGAUCAAUUGCCCGAUGUUUUCCAUCAAUUAAACCCAGUAUUAUUAAACAGAAACGAAUCAGAAUUUAUCGAUAAUGAUUUGGAUAUAAUUGAGAUGCCUGAUCUGGUUGAACCAGAAGAAGAGAAUCCAAAGGUGAAGACAUGGGGUCAAUCUAAGUUGUACGGGUUAAACAGAUGUAUUUUGGAGGUUAUCAAUUCAAAUGGUUGUAUUUCCACUGUAACAAUAUAUUAAAGUUGCCUCCUAUUCUCUAGUAGUUAAUGUAUUGAUGAUUUUUCAAGUGUAAGUAAUUAAACCAGAAGUAAAUUAGGAUUAAAAAGUAUUUGCAGCAAUAGCGUGCAAAGUGUUCUUGUAGCUAUGCUGCAAAAAAUCUUGCGACGGAAUACACCUCGCGAAAUCUCGCUAUCAGAUACCGUUUUUAAAUCAAACAAGAUAAUACGAUAAUGCAAAACUCGCUUGCCUGUUUCACAUCUGGUGCCUCUCAUAACCAAUGAUAACGUCGCAGAUCACAAUGACAUCAUUCCAAGCGAUAGUUUUCCCGAAUAGAAUUUCAAAUCUGAUUAUUACCAAUUUCCCCGAGACUGAAUUCCUGUUAUGGAAAUAAAAAAAAAAUAUAUCUUACUAUGCUGCCAAGAGGACAAUUGUGACUAUUUCAAGGCGGGAUCCCUAGCCCGGAAACGGGCCAGGGUACUGGUGCGCCGCCACCACGUCUUUGCAAAUCGAAGAAAAGAACGUUUUAAUAGAUUUUACACAAAGUAGCUAGAGCACAUAACCCCUUAAUCAGGGAACAUUACACGGAGUCAUUCUGAUUGUUGAACGGUGUUAUAAAACCUGACUUUGUCCUAGCCCGAUCGCUGUUGACUAAACUAGCAUGCGGAUAAAUUAAUUUCUGCAUAACGUUGAAAAAAAUAAACGACACAAAAACAAACCAGAAAAAAUAUUUAAAAUUAAUCACUGAUAAGAAAAAUUUAUCUUUAGCCAAUAAAAUCUAAGAAUUGAAGUUCUAUCGAAAUAAUUACCAAAUUAAAAUCAUAGCUGUUUUGACACAUGGAACGGAUCUUCGGGUUCUCCGUCCGUAAUACCUCUCUUAUCGGUUAUCCAUUGAUUAGUCAAACAAGUAACAUUCCAGUAAAAUUUCCUGCUUUACAUCGUUUCUUGUAGUACCAAAUUGCUGCUAAAAAAAAUUUGUUUCCCUCAUGGAAAUUCACCGACGCCUUCCGUUUUAGCGUCAGAACAUGAAUGUACGUUAGCGCCCUCUAAUUUAGUACUUGCAGCAUUUUUCCAUAGAUCUGAACCAAUUGUAAAAUUCCAGCCUCCACUUCCUCCACUUCCUCCACUUGUGGCAGGCUUUACCUCUUGGAACAAUACCUUCACGUUCUCCUCUUGAAGUUAUUGGUUGAAGAAUGUGAUUCUGGACUCAUUGUCCUUGCUAAUCCUCCAAUCAAAGGGGAAUAACGGGUUGGGUUAUUAUGCAUAAAUUAUUAAUCAUCGUGUAAACAAAGUCUAGGAACAAUAAAAUAAUAAAAUACAAUAAAUUAAUAAUGAAUAUUCGAUUUUUAAUUUUAGUGAUUGGGUAUUAUACGGAUAUUGUAUGUUAUUAUUAUUACCAGGUAGUACACGGCAGAUUCCUCCUCUUUCCUUAAUCCCCCCCUCCUCCAAAGUUCCAUUUUG